GUUCCUUGGCCCUGCGCUGGGUAUGUUCAGGGCUCCUGACCUGCUUGCCACGCUGCGGAUGAGCUGGGCCGAGGCACACCCAGUGGGUGCGUCUGGUCGGUAGUGGGUGUGCACGCCUGUGUCGAGGAUGUGUGACCGAAGCGGGGGUCGGCGGCUGCGCCAGUGGCUAGUGGAGCAGAUCGACAGUGGCCUGUACCCGGGGCUGGUGUGGGAGAGCAGUGAGAAGAGCCUGUUCCGGAUCCCCUGGAAACAUGCAGGCAAGCAGGACUACAACCAAGAGGUGGAUGCCUCCAUCUUUAAGGCCUGGGCUGUCUUCAAAGGAAAGUUUAAGGAGGGGGACAAGGCCGAACCGGCCACGUGGAAGACCAGACUGCGCUGUGCCCUCAACAAGAGCCCCGACUUCGAGGAGGUGACUGAACGCUCUCAACUGGACAUCUCGGAGCCCUACAAAGUCUACCGCAUCGUGCCUGAGGAGGAGCAGAAAUGCAAACUGGGAGGCGCGGGCCCUGGCUGUGCAAGCGAUGGUAUGGACAGAGGGUGUGAGGACGUGCUCAAGGAGCCCUGCGCGGACGAUUACAUGGGUGCCCUAAAGCGGAGCCCCUCCCCGCCUGAGGCCUGCAGGGGUCAGCACCCCCCGGACUUGUGGGCACAGCAGCCAGGUCCAGGCUUGCCGCUGAGCACGGGCUAUGCAGCCUACGAAGGGCAUCACCCAGCCUUCUCACAGAUGGUCAUCAGCUUCUACUACGGGGGCAAGCUAAUGGGCCAGACCACCACCACCUGCCCCCAGGGCUGCCGCUUGUCCCUGCCGGGCACCAGGCCGAGCGGGCCCGAGGGCCUGGAGCUGGUGCGCUUCCCGCCAGCCGACACCAUCGCCAAUGAGCGGCAGCGCCAGGUGACGCGGAAGCUCUUCGGGCACCUGGAGCGGGGUGUCCUGCUGCACUGCAGUCACCAGGGGGUGCUGGUGCGGCGACUGUGUCAGGGCCGCGUCUUCUGCAGCGGCAACGCGGUGCCCUGCCAGGACAGGCCCAACAAGCUGGAGCGUGAUGAGGUGGUCAAGGUCUUCGACACCAGCCAGUUCUUCCGAGACCUGCAGCUGUUCUACAGCAGCCAAAGCCGCCUGCCGGACUCGCGCGUGGUGCUCUGCUUCGGGGAGGAGUUUCCUGACACAGCCCCACUUCGCUCAAAGCUCAUCCUUGUGCAGGUGGAGCAGCUUUAUGCCCAGCAGCUGGUGGAGGAAGCCAGGAAGAGCUUUGGGCCCGGGACACUGCUGCCACCUGAGGAGACUACGGCCGACCAGGUUUUCCGGCUCUUCCCCGACAUCUGUGCCUCGCACCCACGGCCCUUCUUCAGGGAGAACCAGCAGAUCACAGUUUGAGUACCCUGC